AUGCCAGCUGGUCGAACGGUUAAAAUCGCCGUCAUUGGAACGGGUCUCGCAGGGCUAACAGCUGCCCACUUAUUGGCCAAGGAAUCUCAAGGGGAUGGUGUCGAUUUCGAGGUCCAUUUGUUCGAGAAGGCAAGUGGUUUGAUACCAUCUGUCUUGUACACGAGUUUUACAGUUUGCUUUCAGUCGUCCGCAAUUGGCAUGGACUCGGCUUCCAUUUCACUGACGGGUAACAAUACCGCCUCUGAAGACGACUGGCGUGUAGAUGUUCCUAUGAGAUCGUUUCAAGGCGAGAAGGCAGGACAAGACAGGACCAUUAUUACUACCAUGAUAUACAAUGGAGGAUCAGGUCGCGCAGGCGUCAGUAAACCCUCUUCACUGGGUAAUGUCGAUGCGGAUAAACAAGUCACUUCUUUCCAAAACCCACUUCGCAAUAUCUGGGCAACCGGUCUCUUCCUGCUUUAUACCCUGCAGCUCAUAAUAUGUUAUGCCAUAACAUUAUACCACUCUCUGCCACUGUGGAGGUCAUCCGACAUCUCGACUAUGACCUUUCGCGACUGGGCUUCACGGUCGACCCCUCACAGAUUUAUUUUCAAAAGGAUUGGAUUGGACUUGAUGUGGAUUGACUAUGUGCAUUCAACGUUAAUUCCUCUUUUUUCCGCCGUCUGCACUGCCCCAGCAGAGGACAUUUUGAACCAUCCUGUAGAGGAAUUCUUAGAUUAUAUAUGGCUGACUCUCGGGACACAUCACUAUGUUGUCGUUGGCGGCGUUCGAGAUGUGGUAUCUCGUCUAACUGCUGGAAUCAGGCAUCUGCAUUUAUCCUCUCCAAUAAUGUCAAUUCAAAGCGACAGAGAUGAUCCUCAUUUCAACGAGGAAACGACAGAAUAUAAUGGCUUCCAUCACGUUAUAUUGGCCACGCAAGCUUCGGGGGCAGUUCCUAUUUUAUCCAACUACCUCCAAUCCAUGCCAGCCCAAUCGAGUCACAGAGACGACGUAGAAAGGCAAAUAAACUGUUUAAAGGCCUUUGAUUACCGCAAAUCAAUCGUUGUCAACCACACAGACGACACUCUCUUGCCAGACAACAGCGCAGACGUCCGCGAUCUUAACCUUAUCAGCCAUCCCUUCCAUUCCAGUUCUCGAUUUUACGAGAUGCAAAAUUCUAAGGCUUUCGGUACUCUGUGUGUUUCGCCUUCAUAUACAAUGGCAACACACGUCCUGUCAACACCGAAGGAGUAUCCGCAUACUGCACCGCGCGUAUAUCAAACGACCAAUCCAAUAAUUGCACCCAAGGAAGAGAGCAUUCUUAGCGUCUCCAAGCUCGACAGGGCAAUCGUCACAAGAAGGAGCAAAGCUGCCCUACAGUCCCUUUGCGUACAAGAAUCUAAGAAAUGGUGGCAGUGUUCUUAUGAGAGUAGAACGCGUCUAGGAGAGUUGCAGGGAAAUUCAACUGUAUUAAAGGGAUACAAUCCCGGAAUAUGGAUUUGCGGAUCAUACGCACAUCUUGGAAUCCCACUCCUAGAAGGUUGUGUUGUAAGCGCCCGAAACGUGGUAGAAGGUAUUUUGGCGAAGGAAGGUGCAGUUUGGAAAGGAAAGCCUUGGUAG